UUGGAACUCCUAGCUGCACUAAUUGAAGUCAGGCUACUCAACUUUGUUCGCAAGCAGCUCAACUUGAACGACGUACCGUUCUACCUGUGGAGUGAUAGCAAAAAGAAAUCAAUUCCAAAUUCAUCACAAAUCGCCUGGCAUAAAUCAGUAAAACGAAGGGACCAUGGAAUUACGUUCCUACACACGAAAACCCAGCAGAUAUCGCGUCACGAGGAAGUGUGCCACGAAUACUUCAAACUCAUCAGUUGUGGUGGACAGGCCCACCGUGGCUUAGCCUUCCGAAGGAGGAAUGGCCCAAGUGGGAAGAAUCAAAAACAAGCAGUAUCCACAAGAAGCUGAAG